AAACUUAAAAGAGCCAGUCCGAGCCCGCGCGGAGCAGCUGCUCUCUAUUUACAUGUAAACCGACCCGGCAGGAUGCAAUUAACCCUUUCCGGGGCUGAAGUGUCAGUGGGCAGCGCUCGCCGCGCCGGCUAAAACUGGUUCUCUCUACUUUCGGGAAUCCUCCGACACCGAUCCAUUCAGAGGCAGACCACGAUGUCUUUAUUUUUCCUUCUUAGGAUUGAUGAUCCAAAGUGUUGAACUAACUUUCUAAAAGCCAGGGACAAAGCGUAAUCUCCGUUCCUAAUGGGAAAGCCGGGUUCUCCGAGUCGCUCGAGGUGACUGGACAAACCCAAGCCCAAGAUCCACGGACAGCACCGAGUUUUGAGACCUGGGGCGGGUAUGAGCGCGUAGCCAGGGGCGCGGAGCAAGGGGCGUCGCUGCUCCUCCCGCCGGUCGCCCUAGGGAAGUGCGGCCCGCCUAGCCUCGUCGCUCCGGUAUCCUCGGGGCAGCCCCCGCUCAGCCUCGCGACCACGCAGAGUUGGUCGGCCGCUCCUUGACCCGCAGAUGUCGCUGCCCCUCCGGCUGCCCCAUUGCUUUCCGGCGCUGCGGCAGCCCGUUGUCCUCCGGCUCCCCUUCUUCCCAGCCCCGGUUACGCCGCCGCCAUCCCCGGCUUGGCCCCUGGAGCUUGACUGCAAGCACCCAGGCGACACUCGGGAGGGCUGCUUGGAGGAGAAGGCUUGGGUAAAAGCCAGAGGCCACCCAGAUGGCGGCGCUCUGAGCUACAGCACCUGCACCAUCCCCCAAAGCCCCAGGUUUCGGGGCCCGUCGCGCGCGCUACACUUCCCCGAAGCCCGGCCUAGGCCCCUGCAGGCUGCCUGCUCCUGCUCUUCCCUGUACCCAGGGUCCUGGAGCUGUGCCGGCGGCCCACAGGCCACCCGCGCUCCGCUCCUCGGCCGUCGCUCCUCCGCCCCGCAAAGCUACAGGCGAGCUAAGGACCGCCAGCCUGGCGCUUCUGGAACAGCCAGUGCGGGCAGAAAAAAGCCAGAGCCAAGAGUAAAUAGCCAAAUUGAAUGGAGCUGGAGGAGCAUCGAGGAGGCGACGCCGCCUCUCCCAGUUCACUGGACUUUUGCCGGUAGUGAGUUCGCAGGCCUCCGUACGCAUCUUGAGAAGAAAAGUGGAAAGCUGGGUAAACUGCCUAGCGCUUCAACAGAAAAAUCUCAGGGAAACUGCAGAAAUUUGGCCUGGAAUAAAAAAAGGAGUGGACAAGCCCAGAUGAACUGUUAAAGAGUUUACAUCAAAGAAUCUUUAAGAACUAAAGAGCUUCUUCUAUCCAUCCCUUUUUGUCUCCUCUUUGCUCAGAGAGAAAAGGGGAAUUACUGAAAUAAUUACAAUAGGAUAAUACAUUGUGAACACUCUGCAA